GUAGAGGCAGGUUUUAAUUAUACCAUUGUUAGAAAGAAACUGCAGAGAGACUCGUCAGCUCACGAUUCAUCCUGGUCUUGUCAGUCACCAUUGUUGCCAGGCACAAAACUGGACACAUAUGAGAAGUUUUGACACACAAGUUGCAGAAUAUUGUUCACUAACCCACCCCCACACACCCAUUUUAUUUAACACUGACAAAAGCUGAGAUGAAUGAGUUGUUGUCUGGCCCUUCCCACUUUGCAUAGUCAUUGGCUGGCUUGGUUCUAAAAAGGAUUUAAAAAAGGGGAAUAAUGUGCCUUUGCCUGGGAUCUGAGACUGUCAGGGUGCUGAAAAGCUAAUCUGUGAGCUGCCACCAUGCAGAUCUCUUGGGCUGUGUGCUCUGUCUGUGUCUUGACACAAAUGGCAUUUCGGUCUGUGGAAGGGUGGCAAGUGUUUAAAAAUGAUGCGACAGAAAUCAUUCCUGAGAUCACUGAAAAUACAGAGACACCGAUGGAGCAGACUUUCAGCAACAACAACACAAUGAACCAGGCAAAGCAUGGAGGAAGACACAUACAACAAGCUCCAGACCCUAACGAUGCUUCUGACUUCAGCUGCAGAGAAAUGCGAACCACCCGCUAUGUCACAGAGGGACCCUGCCGCAGCAUCAAGCCCAUCAAGGAACUGGUGUGCUCUGGUCAGUGCGUCCCCUCGCACCUCCUGCCCAACUCAAUUGGGAGAGGGAAGUGGUGGCGGCAGAAUGCCCUGGAUUACCGCUGCAUCCCUGCUCACACUCGCACUCAGCGCAUCCAGAUGGCCUGUCCCGAGGAAGAGACUCGGACUUACAAAUUCCGAGCUGUCACGUCCUGCAAAUGCAAGCGCUACACUCGCUACCACAACCAGUCCGAGCUGAAGGACUUUGGGAAGGAACCUGCCAGGCCUCAGAAGAACAAGAAGCCCCGUCUCUCCAGGGCAAGGAGCAGCAAAUCUAACCAGCAUGAGUUAGAAAAUGCUUAUUAGAAGGCGGCUCCAAGUGAUACAGCCUAGCAGCUCUGGAUAUCUUACAAGACAUCAACUGGCACUCACAGGCCACAGCAUCACGUUCUGACUGCAGUAGGUUCUAAUUCCUUCUGCUAAGCUGGGUCAAAGGCUCACAUAGUGAAAAAUCUAUCAGAUUGUUGCAGUUAUGGUCUGAUAAGAGAAUGAGAUAAACUGAGCUGGAGGUAGCAACACCUAAAUACAGUCUGAGAGGAGAGGUACACCUAGGAGAUUCAUGUGAGGUCAUGUGGCUUGUACAAGUAGGAAGGCGGACGAAAGUGAAGCUGUUAUGGUGACAAUCACGCUUUGUUAAAAGUCAUCCUACUCUAUGUGAAAAGAACACCGAAAUCUUUUUCCCACUUCUAUAAGUGCCAUGGUGCAGAACAAGCAUGAGAUUAGGGAAGCACCAGGAGAGUUACCACUCUCUGACUGAGUUGUAGAAAGCGAUAGCAGGGAUUUCAACAGUAAUGGUGCCUGAAGUCAAAUUGUUGGGAUGUCAGAUGCCCUCAUGACCCAGUUGUUUCCUCUAAAACACAAAAAUCAAAUGACACUUGUGUUCUCAAAAGUGUGACAAACCUAUUUCAUGCUUUUAAUUAGAAGACUGUAGGAUCAACAGAUUCAAAACUGAGAUUUGACAACUAAAACCAUACAAUCAUAGAAAGAUAGAAUGGUUUGAGUUGGAACGGACCUUAAAGCUCCUCCAGUUCCAAUCCACUGCCAUGGGCAGGGACACCUUCCACCAGAGCAGGUUGCUCCAAGCCCCAUCCAACCUGGCCUUGAAUGCUGCCAGGGAUGGGGCAGCCACAGCUUCUCUAGGCACCCUGUGCCAGCGCCUCAGCACCCUCAUAGCAAAGAUUUUUGUCCUAAUAUCUAAUGUACAUCUCCCCUCUUUCAGCUUGAAGCCAUUUCCCCUUGUCCUGUCACUACAUGUCCUUGUAAAAAGUCCCUCUCCAGAUUUCUUGUAGGCCCCCUGUAGGGGGGUAUCGAAAGGUAUCGAAAGGCCACAGUAAGGUUUGGUUUAGGGACAAUUAUUUGGUUUAGGAACAAUUAAACAAACUCUACUAAGUGGAGGAGCUUUAUGAAGUGGAUGCUCUCAAACCAUUUAACCUCACUGAUGUUUGUCCCAUAAAUGGCUGACAAUGUGUAGAAUUGAACAUAAAAGAUACUGAUUAUUCCUUAUUUCUUAGAGCACAAUUGACUUUAGUAUCACCUUAGAUGUAUCAAUUUACAUUGUGUAUUCUGCAGAGUUUGGGUUAUCUGGCCGCACACUUUCUAGUGUUAAGAUUGUGUAAGCCAAGUUCUGGGAGUAAGAUGCUGGUUAAAAGUGAGCCUCUGCUAAUCUUAAAGUCAUUAAUUCCUCUAGAAAAGUCUUGGUAUGUGCAACUUUGGUAAAUCUUUAGUUGACAGCAACUUUCCUUUUGUGUUUUUACAAUAAAGAAUAUUAUUAGAAAGUGAAUCAUCACAUGCUGUAUAUACCUUGUAGAAGUGCUAAGCUUAGUGUCAGAUGAACACAGUUUGGGAUGAGGCCAGUUCCUCACUGUUCUUACUUUCUGUGUAGAAUUUAUGCUGAAAUCAUAUAAACUAUGGAAGUUUGCAAUGUUGCUAGAUUUUAUGUGGGACCAGAGCCUAGAGAGAAAAGGUGUUGGUUCACAGAGUGAAUUACAUAUUUAUUUUGUCCUCAGAAAUUAUUUAUACGAUUUUUUC